AUGAAUUCCCUGUGUCUGAGGAAGCUGCAUGCUCUAGAGUCCGCUAUGAGGAGCUGGGAAUUGAACACGUGUAUCAGGUUUAGGAAGAAGUUACCAUCAGAUACCAACUAUGUUAGAUUCGCCAGUGGCAAGGGAUGUUUUGCGACGAUAGGAAGGGGGGACGGUGAACAACUCCUCUCGCUUGGUAAAGGGUGUGGAACUCCCGGGUUUGCACUCCACGAACUUGCUCAUGUUAUAGGAUUUUUCCACGAACAGAGUAGACCGGAUCGUGACGACUAUGUUGAUAUUAUCUGGGCUAAUAUCAGAUACGAUAAAAGAGAACAGUUUGCUAAGUAUAACAGUAAUGAGAUAGACCCCCGAGGUAUUCCUUAUGACUACUUGUCUAUUACCCACUACGGUCCUUACGACUUCAGAUCUCAGCCCGGUUUACAAACACUGCGAGUAAAGAAGCUGGCAGAAAACCCCGCUGAUAUGGGACAAAGGAGAUACCUAUCUGGAUACGAUAUAAUCGGAGCUAAUACCCUCUACCAGUGCACUCAGCAUCUGGAGGAGCAAUGUGAGUACGGUACCAAGUAUGUGGACACACAAGUCAAAGAGAUGAAACACUACGCUUGUAAAGAGAACGGUGUGGACUGGGAGAUAUGCUCCAUGCCUGUAAUGAAAGGAGAAGAAGGUUAUGGUGUGUAA